AUGAAAGUGAACAAACUAACCAUUAGCUUGAUGGCUUUUUUCUUGGAGAAUGCCCUUUCAGAUGUCAGUACACCGCCGAUCGAAUUAAGAAACAAAUGUGACGCUCUCAUAGAUAACUGCCGGACUAUCCAAUUCAAGCCCGAGGUCGACGGAGCACUUCUACGUCAUCAGCUUGUGAACGUCACAGUGGACACCGAUACUCAGUGUAUCCCGAAAUGCUUCAACCACCAAGAAUGCGUCUCGUACAACGUCGGCCCCUCGCCUGAAAAAUCUGACAAGUUCGUUUGCCAGUUGAACAGGUUUGACCGGGUGCAGAAACUAGACGACUUCAAAGUAGAGAUGCAAGGAUUUCGAUAUGCAGACUUGAAAGAGAAUCAUUGUCGCAUAAGCCCAUGCCUUAAUAACGGUACUUGUCAAGCGGGAUUUGGGGACAGGAAGUACCGAUGCAUCUGUCUCACAGGAGUGACCGGAGAAAAUUGCGAGACUGUUACUAACAAAUGCACUGGAAACCCGUGUGAUCCAAUCGGAGGAGAAUGUACCAGCCAAAUAGAAGGCUUCACUUGCAGGUGUAAACCUGGCUUUAUCGGGAAUGGCUCUACUUGCCAUGGACCUGGAACGUCAGCUGACCUACCGGGUCGAACGUGCAAGGAUAUACAGACCAACUACAACACCAGCACAACUGGCAACUACUUCAUCGAUGCUGAUUGGUCAAAAGAUACACAGGCAUCCCAAGUCUACUGCGACAUGGAGACAGACCGGGGGGGCUGGACACUAGUGUGGAGUUACAAUUUUUUUGCACCGCUUGAAUUCACGAGCAACGAAAAUCGAGUAAAACCUAAUCCAAGCAACAUGGCUAAGUGGGGUCCGAAGUCAAGCACCACUCCGACCAGCGAGACUAACUAUGGUGCUAUGAAUGAUACCCUGUGGGGUUACAUUGGCAAGGAGUUCCUUGUUAAGUCUAACAUCAAUAACUGGAUAUCCUGUAUUCCACAGGGCGGUACACUCGGUCCAAGCUGGGAUCACGGCCUUAUAAGUUGUAGAAUAGUGAAGGUGAUUCCAGGAGCGAAAUGCUCGAAUGUGGUACCAGACAACACAGAUGGAGACGCCUGUGGCUUCAUGUUAAACCGCGGUAGCAACAAGUGCACUUUCUGGGAAACCUGUUCUACGGCACAUUGGCCUAUUCACGACCCGUGUUGCAACGCACAGUUAAACCAAGACCUGUUGGAUGCCGUUAGCGAGCCUCGUGGGAGUAUAUUUCUUCGCUAAUCGAUAUUCAUUCGUCACACCCGAUCAGGAUGCCUCUUGUCGUCUUCGCCACAACACUUUGGAUGAUUUUGCUACUCUGCCUGGCUAUUCCUGUAAAUAGUAGUCAGCUUAGAUAUUUUGACAAACUAGAAAAUCAUUAUACUCUAUAGUUGGUGUUUUAAAAUUGCAGUUGAUAAAUAUUUAUAGAGGUUUUUAUAUCAUUCGAUUGAUUAAGGUAAAAUGAUUCCUGAUACACUGGCACCUCUAUAUAACGGACACCCUCAGGACCGCGAAAAGUGUCCGUUAUAUAGAGGUGUCCGCUUAAUGGAGGUCGACUUUUUCUCGAUCAAAUAUGAGAGUAAACAUAUUUUUGUUGACUUUUACCUUUACAUUUGUUGACUUUGAGUGCAUAACUAGCUGAAGGGGGUAGGCUGGGGGUUCUAAACAUGUGUGUGUAUGCUAAAAACUUUGCUGGCUCCGCCUAAAUCUAUAUAUUACACUUUUUGGGCAAUUGUCUUAUUUCUCGAGACGCGAUGGCCACAUUAUAUAAGGCUACAGCAUUUGGUGCAUAUCAACUAAAGCAACUAAAGCACUAGGUUAAGUACACGAAGUACACAAAUUCAAGGAGUCACUAGAAAGAGACUGCGAUUCCUAUAUACAUAUAUAUAGUUUGCUUGUCUUGUCCUGCUAAUUAUAGGAAAUAUAGAAAGUCAUUUGAGCAAAAAGAAGAGACAGUCCCUCGUUUCCUUUGUCUUGGGCAAACAUUCAUUGUCAUCACUAUUUGUAAUGCACAUUUAGGGGGGGUUCUUAACGGAAUUUAUGACUUAGACAUACAUUUGACAACAACAAGACAUGUUCUAAGGUUUAAGGCAAUUUUAUUGGAAACAUUUCACAAAAAAUCGCCACUUCAAUCCACCCGUUUUACCUCUAAGAAGAACAGCCUUUUCGAAGCUACGAACAAGCUUCAAAACCAUUGCGUGGGCUACCUGUGUUCCAUACCAGCAUUUUUCAGGGGAGGGGAUGUCAUAAUUUUUAGAUGUUUAUUUGGAAAUCAUUUCGUGGAAUGAAAACAAUAAAAGAUGCUGAUGAUUGGGGAUCUUUUAAGCCCCACCCGUAGCUAUAUACUGUCAUUAAAGUCAAAAUAUUCAACCAACUUUGCGCUCGCAUCACAGUUGUAGGGUGACUUUUUAAUUUUUCGUUGAAUCUUUUGUAAG